ACGCCCGGCACGCAUAGAACUCAGAGGAAGAGAGACUGCACGAUUAAAAUUGAAAUUGAUCGUUCAAAUUCAACCUUUUCGUCCGGUCAUUCGAAUAUUGAAGCAGAAGAAAAAGAAGAAGAAGAAGAAUGGCGUUGAAAUUUCUGAACAAGAAGGGAUGGCACACAGGGAGCCUUCGGAAACAUAGAGAACGUGUGGAAGGCAGAGCAAAAGCACAAGGCCGAGCAGAAGAAGUUGGACGAGCUCCGCAAACAGAUCGUUGAAGAGCGCAAGAGUGGUUGGAGCGGUUGAAGUUCUUGUAUGAUUCGGGAUUGGCCAUUGGGAGGCCUGUUGGUUCCGAUAGUUUCAAAACCCUUGAAGCCUUACCCAAGACCGAAGACGCGCCUUCCUCCUCUGCCGCCUCCAAGCAGCAGGCAUCAGCAUCUGUGCCCGGAGCUCUGUUCGAAGAAAAGCCUCAAUCUGCCAAUGAUGCUUGGAGGAAGCUCCACUUGGAUCCUUUGCUUAUGACUCGGCAGCGUGAGCAGGAAACCCUUUCUCGUAUUAAGAACAAUCCUGUCCAGAUGGCCAUGAUUCACAAUUCUGUUGAAGCAAAGAAGCCCGCAGAGAAACUGCAUGACAAGAAGGAACAUCAGAAGAAGAAGCACCAUAAUGGUGCUUCAAAGCAUAGCAAACAUUCAUCAUCCAUACAAGCAUCAGAUUCAGAAAAUGAUUCAAAGUAUGUUAAGCAUUCAGAUUCGGAAGAUGAAUCACGUAAAAGAGCACGUCGACGUGAGAACACUGUCAAUCAUUCAGAUUCAGAAGAUGAAUCAAGUAUCGGAGCACAUCGAAGUGGGAAGAAGCCUGUUAAGCAAGCAUUCAGAUUCUGAAGAUGAAUUCCGUUACAGAACACGGAGAAGUGAGAAGAACCAUGUUAAACAUUCAGAUUUAGAAAAUGAAUCACAUAACAGAGCACGUCGAAGUGGUAAGAAUCCGGUUAACCAUUCGGACUCCGAAGAUGGAUCACAUUACAGAGCACGGAGAAGUGAGAAGAACCAUGUUAAACAUUCAGAUUUAGAAGAUGAAUCACUUGACAGAACACGCCGAAGUGGGAAGAAUCCUGUUAACCAUUCAGAUUCCGAAGAUGAAUUGCGUUACAGAGCACGGAGAAGUGAGAAGAACCAUGUUAAGCAUUCAGGUUCAGAAGAUGUAUCACGUAACAGAGCACAUCGAAGUGGGAAGAACCCUGUUAAGCAUUCAGAUUCCGAAGAUGAAUCCCGUUACAGAGCACAGCGAAGUGAGAAGAACCAUGUUAAACAUUCAGAUUCAGAAGAUGAAUCACGUAAAAGAGCAGGUCGAAGUGAGAAAAACCUUGUUAAGCAUUCAUAUUCAGAUGAUGAAUCACGUAACAGAGCAGACCGAGGUGAUAAGAAUCAGUCCAUAAAAAUUGGAAGAGAUGAUGGUCAAGGUGAUGCCAAGGGAAAACAUGACAAUUUAGAACUAGGAAAAUACCCCAUGAAAGGUCGGAAUGAAUCACACUACAAGCGUCGAAAUGUUGCUCCUAAACUUUCAGAAGAAGAAAGAGCUGCUACGCUAAAGGAGAUGCGAAUAGAUGCUGAGUUGCAUAAAGAGCAAAGAUGGAAGCGAUUGAAGAAGGCUGAGGAGAAUGAUGCACUGGAAGCUACCCAGGCUGUCAAAUCCAGUGGUAGGAACUUCUUGGAUGCUGUUCAAACAAGUGUUUAUGGUGCUGAGAGGGGAGGAAACUCAACAAUUGAGGAGAGUAUACGUCACCAAACACAUUAUUUGCAGGGCAGAUCUGAAGCAAGUGAACGCAAUGCUUUUCGUCGGUAAUGCUGUUGUGUUUUGUUGUUUGUCCGGUUCCAUUAAUCCAGGUGUUCAAUACAUGAAUGUCUGCAAGAACAAUUACAUGCUUAGAAGAUCUGAGUUUGCAUCAACACUUAACCUU